AUGGGAGCGACCCGGAAGUAGUUUCCUGACGCUCCCUUCUCUCUUUCCGGUUGGGUUCUGGGAGAAAGAUGGCGACAGUGUAAAGAGCUGCUGUAGCUGAAGACAGAAACAGGACGAAACUGAGAACGAAUUUAGGGAAUAAGCGCUGCUGGCUGAGAUUUUAGGGCCUGCGGGAUCCUUAGGGACUGAGACUUGAAACCACUUGGGCUUGACGUGCUUUGAAGACACCUCCUUCCGCCUCCAGAAACUACAAAUCCCGUGAUGCACCGGGCUCGGCUGUCUUGUUUGAGUUCGCUCUAGGGGAUUCCGCUGUCUGGGGGCAACCCCUCCCGAAACCUGGUGGCAAUAAUCAGUAGUUCUGGGGUGUCUUGCCAUGUUGAAGCAAGCUUCAGUUAAGCUCAUUUGGGGGCCUUUGCGGCAAACCUGCUGGACAAAGUGGGGUCGGAGGGAACUUUGUUUAGAUCAUCUUGUACCUAUCACUUCACUUCACAAGGACAAUGCCCUUUCUGAUAAAAGGAGUGAGCUGAAGAGACAUUUGAAGAAUGAAAAGGAGUUCAGUGAGAAGCAGCUAAACCAAGCCUCUGCUAUCAAUCACUCUGUUGACCGUGGUUUGCCCAUUGAUGAGGAGAACCUUGAUCCACAUCAAUAUUACAAGAUCCGCAGUCAGGCGAUCCAACAGCUGAAGCUCAAUGGAGACAGUCCCUACCCCCACAAAUUCCAUGUGGACACCUUACUCACCCACUUUAUCAAGCAGUAUGGUUAUUUGCAACCAGGGGACCACCUGACUGAUAUCACUUUGAAUGUGGCAGGUCGUAUCCAUGCCAAACGGUCUGCAGGGAAGAAGCUCGUCUUUUAUGAUAUUCGGGGAGAGGGGGUCAAGCUGCAGGUCAAGGCCACAUCCAGGAAUUAUAAAUCAGAAGACGAAUUUUUUCAUAUAAAUAACAAACUCCGACGGGGAGACAUCAUUGGAGUUCAGGGGAAUCCAGGGAAGACUAAGACAGGAGAGCUGAGCAUCAUACCCAAUGAGAUUACACUCCUGGCGCCAUGUCUUCAUAUGUUGCCUCACCUUCACUUUGGUCUCAAAGACAAGGAAACUCGUUAUCGUCAUCGAUACUUAGACUUGAUCCUGAAUGACUUUGUGAGACAGAAGUUCAUCACCCGCUCCAAGAUAAUUACCUAUAUCAGGAGCUUCCUGGAUGAGUUGGGCUUCCUGGAGAUUGAAACUCCUAUGAUGAACUUCAUCCCCGGGGGAGCUGUUGCCAAGCCCUUCAUCACCUACCACAAUGAGCUGGACAUGAAUUUAUUUAUGAGAAUUGCCCCAGAGCUGUAUCACAAGAUGCUGGUAGUUGGUGGCAUUGACCGGGUGUAUGAAAUUGGACGCCAGUUCAGGAACGAAGGCAUCGAUUUGACUCACAAUCCUGAAUUCACGACCUGUGAGUUCUACAUGGCUUAUGCAGACUACCGUGAUCUCAUGGAGAUCACUGAGAAGAUGAUUUCAGGAAUGGUGAAGAACAUUACAGGAAGCUACAAGGUCACCUAUCACCCCGAUGGCCCAGAGGGCCAGGCCCACGAGAUUGACUUCACACCGCCCUUCCGGAGAAUCAGCAUGGUGGAAGAGCUUGAGAAAGUUCUUGGCAUGAAGUUGCCUAAGACCAGUCUUUUUGAAACAGAAGAAACUCGUAAGGUUCUUGAUGAUCUCUGUGUGGCGAAAGGCGUGGAGUGCCCUCCUCCCCGAACCACAGCUAGGCUUCUGGACAAGCUUGUAGGUGAGUUCCUGGAAGUGACCUGCAUCAACCCCACCUUCAUCUGUGACCACCCCCAGAUAAUGAGCCCGCUGGCCAAGUGGCACCGCUCCAAGGAAGGCCUGACUGAGCGCUUCGAGCUUUUCGUCAUGAAGAAGGAAAUCUGCAAUGCCUACACAGAGCUCAACGACCCCGUGCGGCAGCGGCAGCUAUUUGAAGAGCAGGCCAAGGCCAAAGCUGCAGGUGAUGAUGAAGCCAUGAUUAUGGAUGACAAUUUCUGUACUGCCCUAGAGUAUGGGCUCCCACCAACUGCUGGCUGGGGAAUGGGUAUUGACAGAUUCACUAUGCUUCUUACAGACUCCAAUAAUAUUAAGGAGGUUCUUCUCUUUCCUGCCAUGAAACCAGAAAACAAGAAGGAGAAUCCAGCAAACUCUGGUUUACCAGAAGGCCCAUCGAUUGUCCCCAUCAGCUAGAAGACAACCCUUAUGAUUUGACCAUACUUUCUGUUCUUGGAAAGAAAAUCCAAGGCUAGAAGGGACCGCAUACAGUUCACUUAACACAUAUACAUUAAGCACAUAGGAUGUGCCAGCCCUUGUGCUAGGUGCUAGGAGAUACAAGAGUGAAGCAGACCCUUUCCUCAGGGAGAAACUCCAGGGUCCCACUUUACAGUUUGAUUUGUUACAGAAGUAAGGAGGUGUCCCGAGGACAGCUUUUUGUACCUCAUCCCCCAAUAAAUCCAAUCAGUCUUGUGCUGCUCUAUUUCAUUUUCCCCUAACCAUGGAAUCCCUCCAUUCCAGCCAGAUCAAUGCUUUAAUAAGUAUAGCUGCUUUCUCAGAUCUGUGUAGGACCCAGUGCUGAAUGUGAUCACAAAGUGGUCGUCUUUUCUACAAAGAGCCACAAGUGGGCAUGAAAAGCUGCCUUUUCAAGAUUCAAGGAAGAUUCAAAGAACCCCCAGCAGGAGGUGCAGCAUGGCAGAGCCAUGAUGGUACCUGGAUCCUGGCUGUGGAUAUCUGAUCUGCUCCCUACAGGGUGGGGCGGCCUCAGGUAAGUGCCUCCACUCUGGUCUUUGUGGCCCUCGGAAGGGCCAGCAUCCACUUCCAUCCAGUCCAGAUCAUUUCAAUGAGAAAUUCCUGAGCACCCCUUCCAUGUUCUAUGCUAGGUGCUGGAGUGGUGCUGAGGCCAAGCCCAGGGAGAGGAAGUAUAUUCUCCUAAGGGACAGAAUGCUUUCUGGUAGAGAUGGCACCCAGGAUGAGCAUGGUAGGAUACUUUUGACUUAGGAGGCAGGGGUCAGAGGGAGUCCAUCCUACAGUUGGGCAAAGGCCUAGAGGCAGGAGGUAGACAAGUUUGAUCAACAAGGGUUAGAUACCCAGAGCAGUAACAAAGCAUCCAGUUUUAAGUAUUUUGGUGUUUUUAAAACUUUCCCACCAGCAGUGACAUAUUUUUUUCCUCAUUGGUGUAUCUUGGCAAAUUAGCAGGUAUCAUUUUACAUUUUAAUUGGCUAUAAUAUGUAGGUUUCAUGAUAGGAUAAAGUUUUAUUAAACUUUAAAGAUAAAAAAAUUAUCUGAAAUUCAAAAUCCCAGCACUGAGAAUUAGAAGGGACUUCAGGGAUCAUGUAGUCCAACAGACUUGAAAUAAGGCGUUCUUAUCAGUUUCUGAGGAAGCCUGUCCAACUUUGGGCAGCCUGAACUCGUAAGAAGUUUUUGUCACUAAAUUUUGUCACUUCCUGGUUCUGCUCCCUAGAGCCAUUCAGAAUAAAUCAAAGGCUAUUUUCACAGGACAGAACUUCAAAUACUUGGCAUUGUGUGCCUUCUUGAAGUCCUGUCCAACUCCCUUCAUUGUCCUAGUUGUGUUUCUCUGGUUAACUCUUGCAGUUUAGCAAUUUCUGUCUUUUAUUGAGGCACUGAGAAUGGAGCAUAUAGGGUCUGACUGGCAGGAGACAGACCUUCCUCCCUGUUAAAUGGAUGCUUCUCAUCACAGCCCCAGAUUGAUGGAGCCUUUUAGUUGCCAUAGCAAAAAUUAGGACUCCUUAAAUUUGCAGUCCAUUGAAUCUCACUUUUCCAGCCAAACUGCUUUCUACCGAACUUCUGUUUUCUGCCUGUGAAGCUGGGGGAUUUGUGCCCUUUACAGGUGUAGGCCCUGACAUUUGUCCCCACUGAAUUUUAUCUCGGUGUUCUGGCCUGUCCCCGUCUUUUUGGAUUCUGUGAGUUGUCUCUUCUGACUGAACUAGCACAGUGACCGACUCUUUGAAUUGGGCCCUUAGCCAAAACUCAGGGGGUUUGGAGUGGUGAAUAAUAAUGUCUAAAACCUUUUCCAGGGUGUGCUUAAUCUCAAGAAUGCAGAGCAGUAGGAGUUACUUGUAGUGCACAGAUAUGAGGGCCAGUAAGAGAGUCUGAAAGAAGCCAAGAGAAGAAUUGGAGAAAGAUUCCAGCCCGAUUCUCACAAGCCCAUUCUCAUUCUCUGCUCUGAGAUAGUCUGGGGGCCUGCAAGCCUGAUAGCACCCAGACUGCUUGGAGAGCCCAGGCUUUGUCUGAAUCCUCUCCUGGAGCCACUCCCUUCCCCCUUCCCUUCCCUGCUUGAUCAGUGCAUAGUGGAAAAUGCUGACUUUUGUACACCCAAGAAAUGAUGCUGUGAGACAGAUGGCGAUGAAAGAAGGAAGCAAAUGAGCAUAUAUUAAGUGUCUGUUGUGUGUCAGGUACAGGGCUAAGUACUUUGCAAAUUUUAUCUGUUAUGCUCACAACAGCCUUCUGUU